GUUGGGUUCACUGUGGGGUGCGGCUGUUGUACAAGGCUGCGUUGCGCCAUGCCUCGCUUUGAUAUGAACAACAUGUUAGGGGAGGCUCCUCCGCUGGACUUUGGGCGCCGAGGGAGAAGAAUACUCGCCUCCUUCCAGGAGAAGAGCGGCCCUGAACUUGAAGCAGCAUGCGCGAAAGAGCGACAGAAGGAACAGGACAUCGAGGACGAGAGCAAGGAAGCUUCAGCCGAUGUGCUGGCCUACUCAGCCCGAGAGCAUGCCAUCCACGAGGCCUGGAAGCACGCAGAGAAGGCCAAUGAGCUCUCCAAAGAAUCGGCCGAGGCGGCCUUGGAAGCCGCCAAUGAAUCCAUGGAGGCUAGGAGGAUCCUGGAUCAGCACGAUAUCAUUGCCAUUGAGAACCAAACGCAGGCAGACGUGGCCAAAGCAGAAGCGGUUCAGGGCUUGGAGUCCCACUCUGCUUGGCCGCUGGCAGCUCUCUCAGCUCCCAUCGAGAAGUGGCGAUGUCGUGGACUCUUGGGAUCCCAUCAAGGUCGCAAACUACACUUGAGUUCCUUUCUCUGAAGCAUUGGCGUCAAUGCAUGCCGCUGCUCUUUCCAUGCUGGGACCAGUUCAGAUGGAAGACCUUUGAUUGAAGCCUACUUACGUGCAACGCGUCAAUGCAGCCGCGC